AUGAGUGAUGUAGAGGAUCCAGUAGAGCAGAUGCUAAAGCGAACAGGUUGUAUAGACCUUCAUUACAAAGUACAGGAGUGCAUUGCUGAAACCGGCGAUUGGCGUAAGUGUCAGGAAGUGGUGAAACAGUUCAAGACUUGUAUGCAGGGUUAUACGGAAAGGCAGAGGCAAAAAUACGAAAAGUGA